AUGUUGCGUCCGGCUGUUUCCAGUGCGGACUCAUCGCCGGCCUCAUUCCACACCGCAGCAGAGUCAGAGUCGUCGCGACGGUCGACGGCGGCCACCAGCCCUCUCCACAGCCAACACGCACCGUUCCGCGACGUGCGACCCUUGCCGCGCGACCUCAAGGCACACUGCCAAAUAUUUCUCGAAGAGCAGCUCUAUCCCGGUGCCAUCAACCUCUACAGCAGCCUGCUCGGCGCAGGAUCUUCGCGACGACGCCCGACGUCACAACCCGUAUACGUCCCGCCACCGAGCCACAUUGCGGUACUCAACACACUGCUUGUGCACCCCGUCUAUACCAACCGCGCCGAGAAGCAGUCGCAGGAAAUCGCGACGCUGGCGCUCGGCUACCUGCGCAGCCUCCUCGAGGUGGCGGGCCCCGUCAACGCCAACUUCCGCGCCGCCUUUCAGUUCUACUCAACGCCGCGGUGGCACCGCCGGUCGGGCUACAGUAGCGAUGUCGACCUGUCUGACGGCGCCUCCUCCAACGGCGACGAGCGCGAGCGCGAUCGGGUCACCGGCAGCCUCGCCAACGAAAACAGCGUGUGGUCUCGCGGGCAGGACUUUUGGUCCACGCUCGGCUGGGCCUUUAACUGCAGCACGCUGUACCCGCAGCGCUGGCGCUACUGGAAGGCCUGGCUCGAGUUCAUGCUUGACGUACUGCAGUCCGACUGGGCAGAGCGCGAGCGUCUCGACCUGGAGGCGCACGAGGCCAACCACGACGGCGGCGGCGGCGAGAGGGGCCCUGCGCCGACGACGAUGCGGCAGGAGUCCAUCCUCGUCAUGUACAUGGAGCAGAAGAACGGCCCGCAGGGUGGCUUCAAGGCCAUCAUGAAGGCGCUCUUCGCCGACGGCGGCAGCCUUUCCACGUCGUCAUUUCACCAGGUCUUUGACAAGGAGCCCCGCGGCCGCCACGACACCGAGACGAAGAAGCGCAAGCGCUCUGACCGCGUCGACAUUGACAACGACAAGUUCGGCGACUACCUCGACGACGACCCCCUGUCCUCCGGCGCGUCCGAGCCGCCCACGCCCGAGAAGCCGCGCGACGUGCGCCGCUCCUCGGCCUCCUUCGGCGCCACGUUCCCGGGGCUCACCGAGACGAUGCCGCUGCGGCUGCGGCUCUUCACGCUGCUCUCGGCCGCGACAUUUACGCUGCGCAAGCAGUCCGACGUCGACCGCCUGUACGACGCCUACGCAUCGUCGCUCAAGGUGGUGCCGCUGGACCUCUUCGCGCUCGCCGUCGCGCAGCGCCGCAACCCCAUGGCCGCGGACCUGCACGUCACGCUGCUCAAGGUGCUCUUCGGGCUGCUGCUGCCGUCGAGCGCGCGCGACCCGCGCCGCGUCGACCCCGAGGGCGAGGCCGAGGCGCGCCUCAGCACCGCCAUGCUCGAGCACUGCUACGUCGCCCACCCGGCCAACACCAUCGGCCUCGAGGACAACGCCCGCCUGUCGCUCGUCGUCGAGGCCGCCGUCCAGCUGCUGUGGACGUGCAACGCGCUCGAGUACGACGCGGGGCUCGACCGGGCGGUGCGCGCGGGUAUCGAGGCCCGGAGUGCCAAGGUCAGGCGCAAGCGGACGGGAAAGGCCAAACUGGACUCGGGCGACGCGCUCGCGGGGGAGAUGCUCGACGCGUCGGCUGACCGGCUCAAGGUCCUGCUGCAGGUGAUCAAGACGACGGCGGGUGAUGGGGAUGUAUGUUUUGCACAGGAGUGA